AUGCCUACUACUAGUUUCCUUGAACACUACGACGACGAGACGACCAUGGCGUUGACUCCCGUGCCUCAGUCUCGAGCCGUCUCGUGGCUCAUCAUGCCCCACGAGGCAAACGCUGCUGCCACCAAGAUUGCCAAGGCAAAGGCAGCACUGACCCGUGAGAUGCAAGAACAGCGCUGGAAGUUGCAACGUCGGCUCCAGGCGCACCAGGAGGAAAUGGCCAUGAAAAAGGCCAUCAAAGCUGCUGCCAAGAAGAUGCAAACAGAUGCCCUCCUGGAGUACUGGACCAACACGGAGCAGCAAGUCCUGCAGAACAAGGAACGCUGGGAACGAGAGCAACGAGAGCAACGUCUCGCCAAGAGGAACAAGAAUGAGAGGAACAAGAAGCUCACCAAGCAGAAUAGUAUGCCUUCCCUGAUGAAUGCUGCUACCUCCGGAGGUAGCACUAGCACUAACAAGACUCGCCGUGACCGCCGACGCAGGUCCUCGUUCCAAAAGAGCCGAUCCUGCAAUAAGCUACUUGUCCAUUCCGACAACUUGAAGAACAAGUUUAUGAAUGGCUCGCCUUGCCAUGAGGAACGCUGGGAACGAGAGCAACGAGAGCAGCGUCUUGUCAAGAGGAACAGUAAUAAGAGGAACAAGAAGCUCACCAAGCAGAAUAGUAUGCCCUCUCUCAUGAAUGCUGCUACAUCCAGAGGUAGUAGUAGUACUCAUACCGGUAGUAACAAGACCCGCCGUGACCGCAGACGCGGAUCCUCAUUCCAAAAGAGCCGAUCCUGCAAUAAGCUACUUGUCGAUCGCGACAACUUGAAGAACAAGUUUAUGAAUGGCUCGCCUUGCUAUGACUGGAGUACCUACAGUCCUCCAAAGUCUUUGCUGCUCUCCUCCAAGACCCAUAAAAAGGAACUACUACGAAGAGACUCGGCAUCCACUGCAGCCACGGAAGCCAUGAGCGAGUCCAGUUUCCACGAUUCUCUUUCCAUGGUCGACUUGUUCACCGCCGACGACUCCUUGUCAUCAUCGUCCCACCAUGGUAAGAAGACGCAUCGGUUUCACCAGUCCUUGCCUAGCUUGGUGGCGUGGGACGAGGAGCGCAAUGUCGAUGACGACGACGACGACGUCCUCCCUAGCUUGGUGGCGUGGAAAGAAGGAGAGUUGGACGAGUGUCUGGCAGUAGCACCCGACCUCGUACCACCCGACUUUUUCGAUUGGGAAACCAACCAGCAGAGCUUCAACUGGGAAUCCUACGGAGCCUUCUUGCACCAGGUCACUGCCUAA